CAGCAGUCCAACAAAAAGCCUCUCCGCUGCAGGAAAUCCUCAAAGAAGAAGUAUCUUCGCCUCUAGUGGUAAAGUGACCUCUGCUGCUAGUUGUUAGACGGCUGUAAAAAGAUGGUUCCUCCAGUUGCAGUGUCGCCUCUCAUUAAGACCGCAAGGUAUUCAGCUUUGAUUGCUGGCAUCAUCUAUGGCAAACAGCGAUAUGAUUACCUGAAGCCUAUUGGGGCUGAGGAUAAGAGGAUCGCAGAGGAGGAGAAAAAGGUUCGCGAUGAGGAGCUGCGCAUCGCCAAGGAAAUAGAAGAACGUGCAGAAAGUAUUCUGAAGUAAAGCUGGUGCGAGAUGUGAGGAUGUCCAUGUGUAAUUCCCAACCAGUCACUGUUCCCUUGUAUAAUACAACACCUCUCUGGAUUGCCAGAUACAGUGAUUUUUAAGUUAGUUAUAUAACGCUCUUUAACUCGGCAUUGUAACAACGAAAAUGCAGCCGCACUCAUGAGUUAUCAAGUUCAUGUUUGUAAUGAAAAAAUGUCAUAAAUACACAAGUACAUGAUCACUGUAGUCUUGUCUUUUAUUUACAAGCAUGUGACUUUAAGUUAUUAUCCGAGUUCUCCUUUAGCCCCUGUUGACAGAUGUUAUAUUAAAAUAAAAACAAUAUUUGCAA